AUGGUGGUUUCGGCCUCAAGCUUGGAGAUGGCUGAAAAUGUGCUAAAUUUCUUGAUUAUUCUUUUUGUUCAUUGUAUUGUGUGGGCAAAGGACCUGCUUAUUGCAAAGUUGUUUGGGAACAAGAGUCAGGAAAAUGAUUUGAAUGUGAGCUCUAGUGAUGUUUCAAACUCGUCAGAACAUUCUGAAGAUGUAUUUGAGUGCAGAAUAGAUGAAGAAAUUGAACAAUAUGGAAGGAGAAUAUUUGAUCAUGUAUUUGGUCAUAAUAUAGAAGUGGCUCUGUCGAAUGAGGAAACUUGGAAAAACCGUACCAAACCAAGGCCUAUAUAUAGUAAGGAUGUAUUGUCUAAGAAGAUAACUAAACAGAAUGGAAACAGUGAAAAAGUUAGUGCAACUGAUGCUGUAUCUUCCAUGUCAUCUCUGGGCUUGAAGAAUCCUCAGGAAAUUGGAAACCUGACUUUUGAUAAAGAUUAUCAGUUGGCUGUGGUGUUUGUUACUGCUGCUUCUUAUAUUAGGGCUUCUUAUUUUGGGAUUCCUUUACAUAGUCUUUUUGAAGCUAAAAGAAUUGCUGGUAAUAUUGUGCAUGCUGUGGCAUCAACAAAUGCUAUCAUAGCGGGGUUGAUUGUGAUUGAAGCAAGUAAAGUUUUAAAAAGGGAUAGCAACAAUUACAGGAUGACCUAUUGUCUGGAACAUCCAUCAAGAAAGUUGCUUCUAAUGCCGGUAGAACCCUAUGAACCUAAAAAGUCUUGCUAUGUUUGUUCAGAGAUUGUUAAAGCCAGACUUGGCAUGAAUUUUCCACUACUUAUGCGGGCAACUAUUCUUUAUGAAGUUGGUGAAGAUCUUGAAGAGGAUAUGGUAGCUGUUUAUGCUGCAAACCUUGAGAAAGCCUUAUCUGAGCUGCCUUCUCCCGUAAUCAGUGCGACUGUGCUUACCGUAGAGGAUCUACAACAGGAGUACAAAUGCUGUAUCAACAUUAAUCAUAGGUUUGUCUCUAUGUUGAUUACUGUUGAAGCUCCUGCUGAUAAGGACAGUAAUAAGCCUAUUGGAAAUGGUGAAAGUACAUCCAGUGCGUUGCCAACAGAGGAGAUUCUGGAGGAUGAGAAGGAUGUUGGAAUUCAAGAAACUUCUAAGCCGUCCGAAAUGUUACUUGGAAGAAAAGAAAACUGUCUCAGAAUUCUCAAUCAACUUGAAAAGCUCGAUGUUGAUGAUGAACUCAUAAUAUCUGAUGAUAUGGAAGCUCUCACCAAGAGGAAAAGAUUUCCAGCUGACAUCAUUGGAUGUAAUGCAUUGCCGAAUUUUUCUGGCAGGAAAGUGUACCAGUCAUGUCGAAGAAGAAAGUGUGAAGGUAAAGCGGUCUAUGAGCUGAUCCAAGACAGAUUACUUGAACAUCUUCAUCCUUGGUUUCGAAGAACUUUAAGAGGCUUUGUUGAUCAGUUGUGA